AUGGCUAUAAAUCGUAAUAUUACGUCAAAGGGUGGUUAUCACCUUAAACAUAAACUAAAAGGGUUGAAAAAAAGAAAAAAGCAAGAAAAUCGGUUAGUGAAUGGUGACGAGGGCAACGAUAUGCAACGAACGAAAAAGAAUUGGGAAAUCCCAAGAAAACUUUUACACACUUCUAUAGAACUGCAAGUAUCAAUUGCAGAUGCACUACGGUUUAAUAGUAUCCAAUUUAAUAACCUUUACAUCAAAGUACUGGGAUUUUUGAUGCGAGAAUCAGAAAAGUAUGGUAAAAUAAACGGAGUAGUAUUUUACCUUGCUGGGUGUAUUGGCGCGUUAUCAAUAUUUCCGAAGGACAUCGCAGCAAUAUCAAUACUCAUACUAUCAUGGUGUGACACAGCCGCAUCUUUUAUCGGUAGAAAAUAUGGACAUUACACAUAUAGAUUUAGUAAUGGUAAAUCUUUGGCAGGUACAUUGGGAGCCAUUACAGUUGGAUCAAUAGCCGCAUUAUUCUUUUGGGGAGGAGGAUUACAAUAUCAUAAAAUUGAAGUUGAGAAUUGGAUACCGGAUAAAAGUGUAUUAUCAUUACCUGCGUUAUGUUUGGUAACAGGCAUUAUUAGUGGUGUUAGUGAAUUAAUAGAUGUGGGAGGAUUAGAUGAUAAUCUUGUGAUGCCUUUGUCAGCAGGAUCUUUAUUAUGGAUAAUACUAGUUGGGUUAGGAUUAGGUGGAUCUACAAAAUGA